AGGGCCGUUGCUCGACGAGCAAUCGUUAGUUACUCGACGGCAUGGUUCGAUUAUUUUUGGUCGCGUGUUUCGCGCUGUUUGCGCUGCUCGUUGUCGCGGAACCCAGCACCAACUGGUACAAACGUGGCACCGUUGUCUAUCAAAUUUACCCGAGAAGCUUCAAAGACAGCAACGGAGACGGUAUCGGUGACUUGAACGGCAUUACCAGCAAGCUAGACCAUGUAAAGGACAUCGGUGCCAAGGCUGUUUGGUUGUCCCCCAUCUUCUCGAGUCCACAGGUCGAUUUCGGUUACGACAUUUCCAACUUUACGAACAUCGACUCAGACUACGGCACCUUGGCCGAUUUUGACCGAUUCGUGGCCAAGGCCAGGUACCUUAGACUGAAGGUGAUCUUGGAUUUUGUGCCUAACCACAGUUCCCACGAGCAUCCGUGGUUCAAGAAGAGCAUACAAAGGAUCAAACCGUACGACGAGUACUACGUAUGGCGCGAUGCCAAGAUCGUGAAUGGAAACAGACAUCCGCCGAACAACUGGUUGAGCAACUUUGGAGGCUCAGCUUGGGAAUGGAAUGACUUACGCAAACAGUAUUACCUGCAUCAGUUCGCAAGGGGUCAACCGGAUUUGAAUUACCAUAGCGAAAGGUUGAAUCAGGAGAUGAUGGACGUACUGACCUUCUGGAUGAACCGCGGAGUCGAUGGAUUCCGUAUCGACGCGAUUAAUCAUCUGUUCGAGGACCCUAAUUUCCGUGACGAACCGAAGGCAAACGUGACCGGUGUCCCUGAUGACGAUUACGACAGUCUGCUUCAUAUUUACACAAAAAACCUGAAUGAAACUUACGAGGUGCUAAAGGGCUGGAGAAAAUUGUUGGACGACCACUCUGACAAUAGCAAUUCUGAAUCAAAGAUGAUUAUCACGGAAGCGUACGCCAACCACGAACAAACGAUCAAGUAUUACACCGCUGGUUCCAUACCCUUCAAUUUUAUGUUCAUCGCCGAGCUGAACAACCAGUCCAGCGCGGCAGACUUCAAGAGACUGAUCGACAAGUGGGUGAGCAGUGUGCCAAAAGGGAAGGUGUCUAACUGGGUGGUUGGAAAUCACGACAACCACCGCGUAGCGACGAGAUUCGGUAGCAGACGAGCUGAUCAAAUUUCCAUGUUGUCGAUGUUGCUUCCUGGAAUAGCUGUUAUUUACAACGGCGACGAAAUCGGAAUGGAGGACAGGAAUUUCACCUACAAGGAGACCAUCGACCCGCCUGGAUGCAAUGCUGGCCCGGAGAGGUACUAUCUCAAGUCGAGAGACCCUGAAAGAACUCCCUACCAAUGGGACAAUACUAUCAGCGCUGGAUUCUCUACCACAAAUGUCACUUGGUUGCCCGUCAAUAGCAAUUACAAGUAUCUGAAUCUAGCGGCACAGAAAGAGGCAGCAGUGUCCCAUUACAAGGUGUUCAAAGCUUUGGCCGCUUUGAAGGACAAAUCCGCUGUCGCUCACAGUUAUCUGAACGUGUUGGAGCUUUCGAAAAACGUUUUGGCUGUUGUUCGUAGUAUAGGAUCCAGGGCUGCCGUGCUCUUGAUCAACUUUUCCGAAACUUCUGUCACUGUCAACGUCACGAGCGUGUUGAAUGUUCCGUCUGAUCUAUUGGUAUACACCUCCAGCGUUGGGUCUGAACUUGUAGUAGGUACAAGGGUCAAUCCAGCCAAUAUCAGGCUACCUGGGGCUGCUUCGGUCGUCUACGUUACUCCUAAUCUCCAUUAAUUCUCCACACGAUUAGUACUUUUCUUUCUUUCUUUCUUUCUUUAUUUUCUAAUAACACGUUUCCGUUUGCGUUUGGAAACGAGAAUUUAUGUCUGCUUCUUUUCAUGUUUUAUAACUCUGGUACGAAGAUCAAACUUUCCUAUAAUUAGAUAUAAUUUACAGCGAUCUUGCAAUUGCCGCAAACCAAGCCCAUUAUUAUUUAACAAUUUUUAUCGUGUUAUUGUAACACUUGACACAGCCGCGUGAUUAAAGGUGGUUCAAUUUCCACUCGCGUGAUCCUUGGAUAGUAUUAAUGAAAUGUCUAGAUAUACAUACGUGUAUUACUUUGACUGACGAGAAUCAUUGAUCAAUGUAAAUAAUUGUGAGUAAUAAAAUUAAUUUUCAUUGA